GCGUUGGCGGGUGGUGGCGGGUUUUUGGGCGGUGGGGAUCCUGAUGGCGAUGGAAUCGAAGCAAGGAGGCCUUCGUGGCAUGUUCAAUCCAUAUUCCUCAGCAGAUCCUUCGAUUAAUGUACCUGUGUCUUCGUCUCCCGGGCUUGCACAAAUAUCGCCGUACCUCAACUUUGAUCCAUCAUACCUCGGUGCCACACAGCCAGAGUUCAUCUUCCCUGAAGGAGCCUCAAAGCAGCGGGGCCGGUUUGAAGUGGCCUUCUCUCAGAUAGGAGGUGGCUGCCUGGGCGGCGGCCUGUACGGCGGCGCCAUCGGUCUGUUCAGCGGCAUACGGGACACGCAGCUGGCCGGCCACACGGGCGCCGUGCGCCGCACACAAAUGAUCAACUACGUGAUGAAGCGGGGCGCGGCGUCCGCGAACACUGUGGGCGUGAUGGCCGUCAUGUACUUCUCCUUCGGCGUGCUGCUGUCAUGGGCGCGGGGCACCGACGACGAGCUGAACACGCUGACGGCCGGCACGGCCACCGGCCUGCUCUAUAAGUCGUCAGCUGGCGCGCGCCGCUGUCUGAUGGGCGGCGGGGUGGGCCUGGGACUGGCAGCCGCCUACUGUCUGGCCACCUCGCGAGAUCGGCUUCAAAGCCUGCGCACCUACAGCUAGUCCGUCCGCCCCGACCGUCAUCCAGUCAUGGUGUGUACCGCCGUGGCCGCGCGUUCCCAUGGAGCGGCCGGCCCAGAACCGUACCGCCAUUGGCUGCCGACUGUGACAAAGCGCUGCAGUGGGUUGUGCGGCCCAGGCUGGACGGCUGUCGUUUGUGUUGGUCAAAGUUGGACGCUGUCAUUGGGUGUCCGAUUCGAUGUUUGGUGGCCUCUGGCCGUACG